AUGUCCGUCUCCAAUAUUCCGAAGUUACCACCUACUCCCCCCAGCGAGCAUUCCAUCGAGAGGAAUCUCCAGGAGACCUAUCCUCCUGUUCCCGGCCAAGGAGAAUUUGCAGAGUAUACGGAUGCUCAAGUCAAUAUGUUCCAUGCUCAGCACCCGCAAAUUACAUCGGUGAUGUAUGCACCAGCUUCAGGUUACUGGCAUCCCUCAAUGCCAACUUCACACCCGAUGCUUCCUGAUCAGGGGGUCAAUACACCCCCUUCCACGAAUGACGAAGGGCUCAGUAGGCUGUCCGCCUCUCCAAGCCCAAGCUGGUCACCAUCCCCAAAGCGUCGGGGUCAGACACCCCGGGCUAGAGCCAACCGUCCUCCCCGUGAGCGAGGACGCCGCUCACGGAAGAAUGCCUCUGCUAGGGCAGUAGAGGGAGGUGUGUCCACUGAUAAACCAAUGAGUGUCACGGCCGCACAUCUGGUGCACAUUCCAAUCCGUGAUAUGCACGCCUAUGCCCACCGGUCUGCUGAAGAGCGUCUUGAGGAAGUCGAGACAAAGAACAAAAUCUCUCGGCCAAUGAACGCCUUCAUGAUGUAUCGGUCUGCCUACGCAGAGCGAGCAAAGGUGCUCAUCAACCAAAGGAACUACCAGGUUGUCAACAGCGCCAUAGCCGAUAGCUGGGCAGUGGAGACAGAGGAGGUGAAGAACCACUACCGGGACAUGGCCAAUAUCGAAAAAGACAACCACCAACGAACAUUCCCUCAGUACAAGUUCAAGCCCAACAGGGGUCCGGCAGUUGCAGCGGUAGUAGCACCAAGUUCUCCACCAACUACUGCCAAUAGCUCUUUCGUGGAUCAUGCUAGCCCUGCAUGGAGCAGUAGCGAUCUUGAUUAUCCCGCUUCCGUUCACGAUCGAUCGGGUAGUUUCUAUCUUGAUCCUACCUACCACACCCGAUCCAGCACACCGACAAGCUUCCAUGAUCUGGGUGCCAAUGGCUAUAUAACCCCCUCCUGGCAAGGCUACCUAGGAUCUAGCUGUUCCACAAUCCAGCCUAGUUCCUUGCAUGGUGGAAUAUCCCACGUUGAGGACGUGCAUUUCCACCGCUUAACUCCGCCUGCUCAGGAAAUCCAAUACGGCAUGUCCAAUGGUCUUAACGGACUUCCUGGUGGCUCCCACCAUGACCUACUACAGCCCCAACCAGGCACACCUUUCUCCGGUCGCGUCGAUUCAGACGGCAGUCUGGAUCCCCAGAUGCUCAGCUAUGAUGCUGAGUCUGGAGUUCAGAUGAGUCUAGCCCCAGCAUAUCCUGCAGUGCCGAACCCCUACCCUGUUUGGGAGGAGGAUGCUACGGAUCCGUACCUGACCACGUCGGUUCCAUCGUGCACAUCGAGCCCAGUUCCAUUCACCCAUAUGAUGUCGUCUUCUGUCCCUGUUAGCAUGCAGCGAAACCCUUCAUGGGACCCCAACCCUGAUGUCAAUGAGACAAGUGACCCCUGGCCCGCUUUGCAUACCCCUUCAUCAAACUUCUAA